AUGUCUUCCCAUAAGCGCAGCUUCCAGUGCUUCGAUGCCAUCUUGGACGACGAUGGCCACCACCACCACCACCCCAAACUCUCACUCCCCUUCGUGCUGCGUUCUGCCCCCACGCCGUCCCCCAACAGAUCUUCCCAUAGUGGGGGUAGCACUUACCAGGAGCCCUUGGAGGACCGAGGGUGCUACCUGUGUGCCCAGGCCACGGAGGCCAAACAGGAGAUCCAGAGAGAGGCCCAGAGAGAGGCCCAGAGAGAGGCCCAGAGAGAGCCUUCAGCCUGGUACCUCCCUCCGGUCCACCACCCCCAGCAGUAUGUCCGCAGGCGACCUGCCCGGCCUGACGAGCCCACUGCUGAGGCCUCUGACCACCAGCACCCCCAGCAGUAUGUCCGCAGGCGACCUGCCCGGCCUGACGAGCCCACUGCUGAGGCCUCUGACCACCAGCACCCCCAGCAGUAUGUCCGCAGGCGACCUGCCCGGCCUGACGAGCCCACUGCUGAGGCCUCUGACCACCAGCACCUCACCAGGCACAACAAGAAGGUGGUGCUGGUGAAGAAUAGCGACCUCUCUGUUCAGAGGACCAUCGUGCUCCAUCGCAGGACUCUCCGCAGCCUGAGCCUGUUUCUGGAGGAGCUGUCUGAGUUCAUGCAGUACCACAUCAGGAAGCUGUACACUCUGGAGGGACACAAGAUCGACAGUGUUCAGAGUCUCUUGCAGUGCCCCAGUGUGUUGAUUUGUGUGGGCCAUGAGCCCUCCCACACCAUCCUUCUGGAGAACUUCCGGAAAAACUCAGAUGCCAAACUUCCACGACUGAGUCCAAAGUCUCUUGGACUCUCCAACACAGCCAGUGAAGGACAGGAAUCAGGGAAAACUGGCAGCUUAGGACUUGAGACAACGAAAAGCGUCAUCCACCCAAGAUCUGAAUCCAACCAGUCAGCAAGGCACUCCAUAUCAUCUGACAAAUCACUCCCACCAAUCAACUCUACAUCCCCGGCCCAUGUUGGUCGUGAAGGCUUGAUGGACGACGACAUUGAGAAAAGGGUGCUAGUCAACAAAGAUGGCAGCUUGUCAAUGGAAAUGAAAGUGCGUUUCCGACUACUGAACGAUGAGACCCUACAUUGGUCCACAGAAAUAAAGAAGUCGGUAGGAACGACCAACGAAUACCUCCAAGGAUACCACGACAACUGCUUUGUUCAGCAUGGUAGUGUGGAAAGCUGUUCAGAGACGGAGCUCCUUUCACCAGGCGAGGCUGACGAUGCCUACAUCACCAAACUGCAUCAGAAGCAUCUGGACGUCCCUCACUGUCAGCACUGCUGUGGCCACUGCCAGGACUAUGAGAUCAGGAAGACCCAUAUUUCGGGGGGGCAGAGGACUAUCCGCCAUGUCACCUCCUCCAGCUCCAGUGCCUCCUCACACACCAUUGUCCAUAAAAAAGGUUCGGUGGAGACCAUGUCCAGUGAGGAGAUCACCGAGUACAUGGUGGAGAAGGCUGCUUGCUUCCAACAGACUGUGGAGGAAGGGGGCGACACCACUGUGGAGUACUGCACCAUCAGCCGCGGCUGCAGCAGGAGCGAGAUGAGCUUGACUACGACGUCCGGCAUGUGUAAGAGUAGGGCUUCCACCCAGGAUAAGAGCGAGAUCCUUGGCAAGAGCGAGAGCAUUGACAUUACAACCCAGGCAUCGGAUAACGACGAGGCUAUGGCUGAUAGUUCUUCCUCUGCUCCUUCUAAGGAGUCUCAGAGCGAGGUUAGCGUCAAGAUCCCUGAUGCGGAGGAAGACGAGCGGCCUGUGUCUGCUGUUAGUAUUUCCUCUCAGAUCCUGGCAUCGCUCAGGGAAGACCAGGAUGAUGAGGACGACGACCUUCCACCAAGUGCUUCGAGAGCGUGUUCGUGUUCCCAGAAUAGUAACGCCGAAGAGGAGGAAGAGGAGGAGCCCACCAGAAACACUGAGAGAACAUCCAGCGCUAUGUCUUCUAAGUACAACCGGUCAUCGAGAUACAAGAAAUACAAUGUUUCCGAUGGAGAAGAGGAUCAAACUGACAAGAGACCAUCUAGUGCUAUGUCUGCUGAGUUCAAUGUUUCCAAUGCUGAAGACAACGCAGAAGUGAAAGAACCUGAGAGAGCAGCUAGUGCAAUGUCAGAAGCUCCUGCUAAAGGAAAAACUGAAGAAAAUGCAGGAGAGGAGAUAGAACAAACAGCAGAAAAUAUACCGGACACAGAAGCAGAGGAAACAGAGGAUCGUGCUCCUAGUGCUAUGUCAACUAAAUCCAAAGCGUUGGAAGUUCCUCCUGAGGAAAAUGAAGACGAGGAAUUGACAGAAAUUGAAAAGAGAACACCCAGUGCCAUGUCUGCUAAGUCAGCUAAGUCUAAUGUUCCUGCAAGAUCAAAGAGGUCCAAGGAUUCUGAAUUUUGUCUUCAAGAACCCGAGAGAGCACCCAGUGCUAUGUCUGCUAAGUACAAUAUGUCAGCAAGACACAAGAAAUACGACUUUUCAGAUGAUCCUGCUGUAGAGGAGGAGCGAGCAGCUAGUACGACGUCAGCUAAGUCCAAUGUUUCAGCAAGAUCGACAAAAUCAAAAGCUUCUGGAGUUCCUCUUGAAGUGGAAGUAGAGGCUUCAGAAGUUCCUGCUGAGGAAACCGCUAAAGAAAAAGUAGAAGCUGAAGAAAGAGCACCGAGCGCUAUGUCUGCCAAGUCAACUAAGUCUAAUGUUUCAGCAAGAUCCAAGAAAUCCAGGGCUUCUGAAGUUCCUGCUGAAGGAGAGGAUCCAACUGAAGAAAGAGCACCGAGCGCCAUGUCUGCCAAGUCAACUAAGUCUAAUGUUUCAGCAAGAUCCAAGAAAUCCAGAGCUUCUGAAGUUCCUGCUGAAGGAGAGGAUCCAACUGAAGAAAGAGCACCGAGCGCCAUGUCUGCCAAGUCAACUAAGUCUAAUGUUUCAGCAAGAUCCAAGAAAUCCAGAGCUUCUGAAGUUCCUGCUGAAGGAGAGGAUCCAACUGAAGAAAGAGCACCCAGUGCUAUGUCUGCUAAGUCAGCUAAGUCUAAUGUUCCUGCAAGAUCAAAGAAGUCCAAGGAUUCUGAAUUUUGUCUUCAAGAACCUGAGAGAGCACCCAGUGCUAUGUCUGCUAAGUACAAUAUGUCAGCAAGACACAAGAAAUACGACUUUUCAGAUGAUCCUGCUGUAGAGGAGGAGCGAGCAGCUAGUACGAUGUCAGCCAUGUCAAAUUCUUCAGCUAGAUCUAUAAAAUCUAAAGCUUCUGGAUUUCCAGCUGAGGAAAAUGCAGAAGAAGUAGAAGAAACUGAGAGAGCAGCUAGUGCCAUGUCUGCUAAGUCUGAAGCUCCUGCUGAACCUGAGAAUAAAACUCAAGCUUCAGCUGAUGAUAACGCAGAAGAGGAAGUGGAGGUCGCUAAGGAGAGAGCUCCCAGUGCUAUGUCUGCUAAGUCCAAUGUUUCAUCAAGAUCCCAAAAAUCCAAAGUUUCUGCAAGAUCGGCAAAGUCUAAAGCUCCGGAAGUUCCUCCUGAAGUGGAAGUGGAGGCUUCAGAAGUUCCUGCUGAAGUGGAAGUGGAGGCUUCAGAAGUUCCUGCUGAAGAAACCAUCGAAUGUGAAGUAGGGGAAACUGAAGAGAGAGCACCGAGCGCUAUGUCAGCUAAGUCCAAUGUCUCUGCAAGAUCCAAUAAAUCUAAAGCUUCAGAAAUUCCUGCUGAAGAAAAUGCAGAAGAGGAUGUAGGGGAAUCUGCUGAACCAGAGGACGAAACAGAGGAACGAGCUCCCAGUGCUAUGUCUGCUAAGUCCAACGUUUCAUCAAGAUACCAAAAAUCCAGUGUUUCUGCAAGAUCGGCAAAGUCUAAAGCUUCAGAAGUUCCUCCUGAGGAAAAUGGAGAUGAGGAAUUAGAAGAAAUUGAAGAGAGAGCACCCAGUGCCAUGUCUGCUACAUCAGCUAAGUCUAAUGUUCCUGCAAGAUCAAAGAAGUCCAAGGAUUCUGAAUUUUGUCUUCAAGAACCCGAGAGAGCACCCAGUGCUAUGUCUGCUAAGUACAAUAUGUCAGCAAGACACAAGAAAUACGACUUUUCAGAUGAUCCUGCUGUAGAGGAGGAGCGAGCAGCUAGUACGAUGUCAGCUAAGUCCAAUGUUUCAGCAAGAUCGACAAAAUCAAAAGCUUCUGGAGUUCCUCUUGAAGUGGAAGUAGAGGCUUCAGAAGUUCCUGCUGAGGAAACCGCUAAAGAAAAAGUAGAAGCUGAAGAAAGAGCACCGAGCGCUAUGUCUGCCAAGUCAACUAAGUCUAAUGUUUCAGCAAGAUCCAAGAAAUCCAGAGCUUCUGAAGUUCCUGCUGAAGGAGAGGAUCCAACUGAAGAAAGAGCACCGAGCGCCAUGUCUGCCAAGUCAACUAAGUCUAAUGUUUCAGCAAGAUCCAUGAAAUCCAGAGCUUCUGAAGUUCCUGCUGAAGGAGAGGAUCCAACUGAAGAAAGAGCACCGAGCGCCAUGUCUGCCAAGUCAACUAAGUCUAAUGUUUCAGCAAGAUCCAAGAAAUCCAGAGCUUCUGAAGUUCCUGCUGAAGGAGAGGAUCCAACUGAAGAAAGAGCACCCAGUGCUAUGUCUGCUAAGUCAGCUAAGUCUAAUGUUCCUGCAAGAUCAAAGAAGUCCAAGGAUUCUGAAUUUUGUCUUCAAGAACCUGAGAGAGCAUCCAGUGCUAUGUCUGCUAAGUACAAUAUGUCAGCAAGGCACAAGAAAUACGACUUUUCAGAUGAUCCUGCUGUAGAGGAGGAGCGAGCAGCUAGUACGAUGUCAGCCAUGUCAAAUUCUUCAGCUAGAUCUAUAAAAUCUAAAGCUUCUGGAUUUCCAGCUGAGGAAAAUGCAGAAGAAGUAGAAGAAACUGAGAGAGCAGCUAGUGCCAUGUCUGCUAAGUCUGAAGCUCCUGCUGAACCUGAGAAUGAAACUCAAGCUUCAGCUGAUGAUAACGCAGAAGAGGAAGUGGAGGUCGCUAAGGAGAGAGCUCCCAGUGCUAUGUCUGCUAAGUCCAAUGUUUCAUCAAGAUCCCAAAAAUCCAAAGUUUCUGCAAGAUCGGCAAAGUCUAAAGCUCCGGAAGUUCCUCCUGAAGUGGAAGUGGAGGCUUCAGAAGUUCCUGCUGAAGUGGAAGUGGAGGCUUCAGAAGUUCCUGCUGAAGAAACCAUCGAAUGUGAAGUAGGGGAAACUGAAGAGAGAGCACCGAGCGCUAUGUCAGCUAAGUCCAAUGUCUCUGCAAGAUCCAAUAAAUCUAAAGCUUCAGAAAUUCCUACUGAAGAAAAUGCAGAAGAGGAUGUAGGGGAAUCUGCUGAACCAGAGGACGAAACAGAGGAACGAGCUCCCAGUGCUAUGUCUGCUAAGUCCAACGUUUCAUCAAGAUACCAAAAAUCCAGUGUUUCUGCAAGAUCGGCAAAGUCUAAAGCUUCUGAAGUUCCUCCUGAGGAAAAUGGAGAUGAGGAAUUAGAAGAAAUUGAAGAGAGAGCACCCAGUGCCAUGUCUGCUACAUCAGCUAAGUCUAAUGUUCCUGCAAGAUCAAAGAAGUCCAGAGCUUCUGAAGUUCCUGCUGAAGGAGAGGAUCCAACUGAAGAAAGAGCACCCAGUGCUAUGUCUGCUAAGUCAGCUAAGUCUAAUGUUCCUGCAAGAUCAAAGAAGUCCAAGGAUUCUGAAUUUUGUCUUCAAGAACCUGAGAGAGCACCCAGUGCUAUGUCUGCUAAGUACAAUAUGUCAGCAAGGCACAAGAAAUACGACUUUUCAGAUGAUCCUGCUGUAGAGGAGGAGCGAGCAGCUAGUACGAUGUCAGCCAUGUCAAAUUCUUCAGCUAGAUCUAUAAAAUCUAAAGCUUCUGGAUUUCCAGCUGAGGAAAAUGCAGAAGAAGUAGAAGAAACUGAGAGAGCACCUAGUGCCAUGUCUGCUAAGUCUGAAGCUCCUGCUGAACCUGAGAAUGAAACUCUAGCUUCAGCUGAUGAUAACGCAGAAGAGGAAGUGGAGGUCGCUAAGGAGAGAGCUCCCAGUGCUAUGUCUGCUAAGUCCAAUGUUUCAUCAAGAUCCCAAAAAUCCAAUGUUUCUGCAAGAUCCAAGAAAUCUAAAGCUUCAGAAAUUCCUGCUGAAGAAAAUACAGAAGAGGAUGUAGGGGAAACUGCUGAACCAGAGGACGAAACAGAGGAACAGGCUCCCAGUGCUAUGUCUGCUAAGUCCAAUGUUUCUGCAAGAUCGGCAAAGUUUAAAACUUCGGAAGUUCCUCCUGAGGAAAAUGGAGUCGAGGAAUUGGAAGAAGUUAGAGAUAGAGCACCCAGUGCCACAUCUGCUAAAUCGGCUAAGUCAAAUGUUCCUGCAAGAUCUAAGAAGUCCAAGGAUUCUGAAUUUUGUCUUCAAGAACCCGAGAGAGCAUCCAGUGCUAUGUCUGCUAAGUACAAUAUGUCAGCAAGGCACAAGAAAUACGACUUUUCAGAUGAUCCUGCUGCAGAAGAGGAGAGAGCAGCUAGUACGAUGUCAGCUAAGUCAGCUAAGUCCAAUGUCUCUGCAAGAUCCAAUAAAUCUAAAGCUUCAGAAAUUCCUGCUGAAGAAAAUGCAGAAGAGGAUGUAGGGGAAUCUGCUGAACCAGAGGACGAAACAGAGGAACGAGCUCCCAGUGCUAUGUCUGCUAAGUCCAACGUUUCAUCAAGAUACCAAAAAUCCAGUGUUUCUGCAAGAUCGGCAAAGUCUAAAGCUUCAGAAGUUCCUCCUGAGGAAAAUGGAGAUGAGGAAUUAGAAGAAAUUGAAGAGAGAGCACCCAGUGCCAUGUCUGCUACAUCAGCUAAGUCUAAUGUUCCUGCAAGAUCAAAGAAGUCCAACGAUUCUGAAUUUUGUCUUCAAGAACCCGAGAGAGCAUCCAGUGCUAUGUCUGCUAAGUACAAUAUGUCAGCAAGGCACAAGAAAUACGACUUUUCAGAUGAUCCUGCUGUAGAGGAGGAGCGAGCAGCUAGUACGAUGUCAGCCAUGUCAAAUUCUUCAGCUAGAUCUAUAAAAUCUAAAGCUUCUGGAUUUCCAGCUGAGGAAAAUACAGAAGAGGUAGAAGAAACUGAAGUGAGUGCACCGAGCGCUAAUAUCUCUGCAAGAUCCAGGAAGUCAACAGUGUCUGAAGUCCCUGCUGAAAAAAAGGAUCAGACCGAGAGAACAGCUAGAGCUAUAUCUGCUAAGUCCAAUGUCUCUGCAAAAUCUGUGAAAUCCAAAUUCUUUGAAGCUUCUGCUGAGGAAACAGCAGCCUCAAAAGAGAAAACGAAGGAGAGAGCACCGAGCGCCAUGUCUGCGAAAUCAAAUAUCUCAGAAAGAUCUAAGAAACCUGACCAUGGAACAGAGGAGCGAGCAUCCAGCACUCUAUCAGCUACGUCACAUGUAUCUGUGAGAUCAAGGAAGUCCAAAGUUUCUGAAGUUGCUGCCGAAGAAAAGGCUGCAGAGCAGGUAGAGGAACAUGUGGAAAAAGCAACAAGUGCUGAGUCUCCAAGAUCAGCCGGAACCCACACAUCUGCCAAGUCCCACGCAUCAGACGGAACCCACGCAUCUGCCAAGUCCCACGCAUCAGACAGAACCCAUGCAUCAGACAGGAUCCACACAUCAGACACAUGUAUUUUUUGUAACUCCAGACCCAAAGAUAGCAUAACUGCUGAAGUGACUGAGAGACCUAAAAGCAAGAUGUCCAAUGUGUCGUCCCACCUGCAAGUGAAAGGACAAAAAGACAAAAACAAUACGGAUGACGCCAAAAGCGACAAAGGGAGUGAUAUUUCAACCAAGACAAACAGAUCAAAGACUGCCAUUAGAGAUCAUGUAGACACUCCCAGACCUAACUCUAUUGCGUCAGAGGUUCAUCUCACUACUAAUCUACCACACUGCCCUCCAACCCCUAGAAAAAUUAAACAACCUGUUAUUCUACUUGGUUUUUCGAGUGACAGUAACAAGUUACACACAGCUGAUCCUCGGAAGGAGAGCUCUAACAUCUUAUGUGAUGGUCCCUCAGAAGCGAUAGACAGGAAUGUCAGCGACAACAAAAGUGAAAAGAGCGGCAAGUGCAAACACAGGAAAGGGGUUUCCUCUCGCAGUUCCUCCCUACAGCGGCUGGAAGGAGAUGUCUCUGAGCUGGUUCCCUCCAAUCUACCAAACGCCUCUCCAACAGAGGUGGUGAAUGAGUGGCUUAAGAAAAUACCAUCUGACAGUGCGAUGUACGACAUUGGGGACGAAUUCAGUGACAGAGGCCAUUCACCGGAGCUGGCACCAAUGGAAAAAACGAAUGGGACGGAGGAGAACGACGUCACCUCUGUGUGUGAGACUCAAAAAGAAAAGGAAGAGCCUAAAGAGACAGCAGCCAACCAUGUGGCUGAUGGUGAAGAGCCAGCAGAGACCCCACCUGAGACCCCACCAGAGGGCACCGCUCCACAGGAGGACGUAUCAAAGAGCUUUCACUCCUCAGUGCAGGUGAUGAAAGUACUGUUGAGUCCCAAGCUUGACCGGUGUCACAGUUUACCUGAAUUUUCCCCAGUGUACGGACGUAAACUGAGCACCUCAGCCAGAGGUCUCCUGGAUUGCCUCGCAAAGCUACAGUUGAUAGACUUUGAUCCCAACGACGAUGCAAAUGCCAAGGACACAAGGUACAGAGAGCUAAUGAACAUCCUCCAGUCCCUCUGGUUGUGUGACCCAGCAGAAGGUGGAAAGCAACAGCAGAAUGGCUGUGAUCAACACUCUCUGGACGGUGACACCAAAGCAAGGUCAUCCUCUGGGGUGGACGUCAGCAGUGGUUCAACGGGCUCAGGUGGUUUGGCUCAGGCACCGAACGCAGAGGGGGAAGCAUUGCUGAGGGUACAAGAAGUUGACGAAACUGCAGAGGAACAGGAAAGCCCAGAGUCCUCAAUCCCUAUGUCUGAUCCAGCCAGCCCGUACAUAGCCAGUCAGGUCCAAUGGACCACAGAGGAAGGAGGAACAGCAGUGGAGAAAGAGAAACAAAAAGACGAAGACGUCCCAGCGUCUGAUGACACCAUUAGAAAUGAAAGUGUGAGAGAAUUACCAGAAACACCCCCGUCUUCCAACAAGAGCUCAGACCCUCGAGAGGACACAACCUCUGGCUCUCCUCCAUCUGUCCAAAGGGCACAACUAGCCCAAAAAGUUUCCCUAGAUCCUGAUCCUGUCUGGGUCUUGAAGUUACUGAACAAACUAGAGAAGCAGUUCAUGACACAUUAUGUGGAUGCCAUGGCAGAGUUCAAGGUUCGCUGGAAUUUGGACGACAGCGAACAUCUCGAUGCCAUGAUAGCCGAACUGAAAGACGAUGUGCAUAGGAGGAUACAAUUAAGCAUUGACAGAGAACUAAGGAAGAUCCACGGUCGAGGUGGAAGACCAAGGCCACCCAAAGAAGAAUUGUCACGAGAAUCAGGUGCGCAAACUGAGACGAGGAGAAGAAGACUGAAGCUCAACCAGUCUAUUGAUUACCGAGAGGAGAAGAGCGACGAUGCAACCGGCACUUCUUUCAGCGACCAACGGAGUGAUGAUGAAUAUUGCCCUUGUGAAACAUGUAUAAAAAAGAAACUGGAAUUAGGACCACUGCUUCCUGCAGAAGUUUUGCAUAUUGCUCCAGUCAUGAUGGCUUUUGAUCUAAAGUCAAUCCUCCAGUUGAAAAAGAACCCUACUCCAAAGACACAAGCAGUUGAUGCUACCGACGACACUGAAACUACGGAUGAAGUGAAAACUAGUAUUAUACAUGCAUUUGAUCUAAAGUCAAUCCUCCAGUUGAAAAAGAACCCUACUCCAAAGACACAAGCAGUUGAUGCAACCGACGACACUGAAACUACGGAUGAAGCCACAGUAGUGAAAACUAGUAUUUUACAUGCAUUUGAUUUAAAGUCAAUUCUCCAGUUGAAAAAGGACAAUCCUCCACAGAUACAAGAAGAAGUCGAUGUUACAGAUGAGACUGGAGGUAUGGAUGAAGAUGAGACUGGAGGUAUGGAUGAAGAUGAGACUGGAGGAAUGGAUGAAGAUGAGACUGGAGGAAUGGAUGAAGAUGAGACUGGAGGAAUGGGUGAAGAUGAGACUGGAGGUAUGGAUGAAGAUGAGACUGGAGGUAUGGAUGAAGAUGAUACUGGAGGUAUGGAUGAAGAUGAGACUGGAGGUAUGGAUGAAGCAAAAGCACCGGAAAGUCUUGUUGGAAACGUUAUCAACGGGGCUAAGAAAGAGGCGGAUGAAUCACAAGAACAGGAGGAUGAUGAACAGGAUGAUGAAAUGGCUGAUGAAGCUGAGGCAGCAGUAGAAGAGACAGCUAAAGAUGAAGCAGGAGAAGAAGAGGAAGCUGAUAUUGCUGAAGAUAAAGAAACUGUUGACGCAGAAACUCCAGAAGAUGAAGAAGUAGAAGAAGAGGAGGAAGCUAAAGCAGAAACAGCAGAAGCUGAGACAGUAGAAGAGGAAGCAGGAGAAGAAGAAACUUCUGAAGCAGGGGCAGCAGCUGAUGACGAAACAGCAGGAGAAGAAGACACUGCUGAAGUAGAGACAGCUGACGAAGAAACAGAAGAACCAGAAGAAGAACAGGAGGAAGCUAAAGCAGAAACAGCAGGAGAAGAAGACACUGCUGAAGUAGAGACAGCAGCUGAUGACGAAACAGCAGGAGAAGAAGAAGAGACAGCUCAAGAUGAAACUACAGGAGAGGAGGAAGCUGACGUUGAAAUAACCGGUGAUGAGUCGGCACUAGCUGAAACUGCAGGAGAAGAAACAGCGCAAGCUGAAACUGCAGGGGAAGAGACAGCUGACGACGAAUCAGCAGGAGAGGAACAGAGUGCUGAAGCUGAGACAGCUGAGGGAGAAGAGCAGACAGCCAGUGAUGAAACAGGAGAAGAUGAGACUGAAAACGCAGGAGAAGAGUCGGCAGAACCUGGAACAGCAGACGAAGACGAGACUGCCGAAGCAGAGGCAGCUGAAGAUGAAGGAGCAGGAAAUGGAGCUGAAGCUGAAGCUGAGGAGGAUGUAGAAAAAGAGGAAGCUGAAAAAGAAAUGAAAAUAGAGCCAGAAGUUGAGUCAAACAUCGAGGAGACAGCUAUCAGGAAAGACAAAGUGGAGGAAACUCCAGUGACCUCAUUCGAUGCCUUUGCCAGAGCAGAAUACUCUGAAGACGGUGCUUACUCCGACGAUGAGGAUUCAGAGACUGAACGAAACAAUGAGGAGUCAGAGGCCCAAGAGGACAAAGCAGAAGCAGAGGCUGAGCUUCAGGUUGAGGAGACUACUGUUGAGGAGGAAGUGGAGGAAGGGGAGGAGGAGCAAGAAGAAGCUGAGGAGGAGGCGGAGGUGGAGGAGGAAGCUGAAGAGGAGCAGGACGUUGAGGAUACCCCAGUUGAAGAGACUCCAGUUGAGGAGACUCCAGUUGAGGAGCUGAAGGAUAAAGGGGAGGAGGAAGCUGAAGUGGAAGUUGAGGAGGAUCAGACAGAAGCUGACGAGGAACAGGAGGAAGAUGAGGAUACGGCUGAAAACUAUGCUGCUCCUGAGGAAGAGCCAGCCGAUGAGGUGGAUGAUGUCACAAGCAAAGGACAGUCUGAAGACGACGGUGAUGGCAAUGGACCUUCUGGGACAUCUGAGACGAGCCUACAUAGCCAGCCAACCAAAUCUUCCAUGGAAUCCCAACCAGGCUCGCUGGACGAACUCCUGGAUGAAGAGGCAGAGAGAGAGUCCAACAGCGAGAAGAGUUCACAGACAGGGUCGGAGAUAGGCUUGGGCCACCGUCUCUCUGUGAAGAGAAGGCAGAUGUACCUCAUGGAAAAAGAGAACGAGAGCAGAGUGUCAGAAGUCAGAGUCAGCCAGCGAGGUUCUCGAGCGACAAGUCGUCUCCCCAAAGAAGAAGACUCCAAAGAAGUCUCCGGCAAGAUCUGUCAAGUCAAGCAAGGCCAAAGAGAGUGAUAUUGAUCAAGACGAUCUUGAUUUCUAAAACUUCCCUAUUCAAACUUAACUUAAUUUGCUUGUGAAAAGAAAAUUGGCCAAUGUUUAAAUACCCCCCAUUUUUACCACAUUCUUGCCUGCAUAUGCCUUUUAUACCUCCUGUGUGCAAUGCCGGUGAUGAGUGGUAGUAGUGGUGUGCAGACGUGGGUGGUUAUUUUGAUUAAAUCCAUUGAAUAUACACCAUCAAAAAUAAAUCCAUUAUUCAUUCGUUCAGGUAGGUACUAAGAAAUAUCAUACGAUUAAUAACAUAAAAAAUAAAAGAAUAGAAUAGAAUAGCAUAUUUUGAGUUGAAUUACCUCCAAAUGAAUGAAAUCAAUAGUUCAUUAUUUUGUUAUUUAAAGACACACGUACUUGAUCACAGUCAACACACACACAUUUUAUGGUAAGAAUGUAAUGGAAUAUAAUAAGAAUAAAAUAAUAAUAAUAUUUACCCCCCACACAACUUGAGUCAUGGGUAAAAUAAGUGAUAUUUUGAAGCAGAGCCCAAGCCUUUUUGUUCCACGCCUCUUUCCUACCCUCACUCCACGUUGUUAGGGGGCAGGCGUAGGGGCUUACCUUGAGAGUAUCUGCAUCAUGAUACCAAUAGAAAAUAAUAGCAUACCUAUUUUCAAAAGCAAUGUGAGUCUCAUGUUCAUAUUUCACGACUCUAAAAGCGUAGAGGCUUUAGGCAAUCGAGCAAAGGUAACAGGUCUACUUUUGAUUUAGGCGACAUUAUUAGAUGCUAAAUGUAGACCAGGGAUAGAUGAGCUAUAUUUCCACUUAUUUGCCCAGCCAGAGAAUCAACCAGAUCACAUUGAUCGAUACAAGUCAGUGAAUUAACAGGCUUUUGUUUGGGUGUAAGGCUACUAGGGGCCUGGAGUGAGGAGGAAAAUAAUCCACUUGAUAAAAUACAACUAGACUAAAUGUCCUGAUAAAUCCCCCAACUAGACUAAAUGUCCUGAUAAAUCCCCCAACUAGACUAAAUGUCCUGAUAAAUCACCCAACUAGACUAAAUGUCCUGAUAAAUCCCCCAACUAGACUAAAUGUUCUGAUAAAUCCCCCAACUAGACUAAAUGUCCUGAUAAAUCACCCAACUAGACUAAAUGUCCUGAUAAAUCCCCCAACUAGACUAAAUGUCCUGAUAAAUCCCCCAACUAGACUAAAUGUUCUGAUAAAUCCCCCAACUAGACUAAAUGUUCUGAUAAAUCACCCAACUAGACUAAAUGUUCUGAUAAAUCCCCCAACUAGACUAAAUGUUCUGAUAAA